UGGGACGCCACUAAAAAUCAUGGCAGUGCCUUAUCCUUUGGUUCUCCAUUAAAUGUCUGUAAGAAGCUAAGGUUUAAAGAUUUUGGUGAUUCUCUCGUUUAUGUUUGAAAGGAAAGGGAGAGAGAGAGAUAAUGGGUGCGGAUGCAAUAGAAGGUGCGCUGAUAAGGGCAUCGUCCUCCUCCACAAUAUCAUUGCUUUCUUCUUCCAAGAUCAAUAGUCUGCUUGAACAAGCCUCAACCUUCACAUUUUCACUUUCUCCAAUCAAGCAAGCUUCUCAAUUUCCAAUUUCCAAACAAAACUUUUAUCCAAAUCAAUAUCAUUUCUCAUACCCUAAGCCUCUAUAUGCUACCUUGAAUAGCCCUAGAGGUUUUGGCCCUUCUCCAAAGAAAACCAAAAGGACCAAGAAGUUAAAGACAGUCAAUCCUAAUGACGAUGAUGAUGAUGACAAUAAUGAUGAUGAUGAUGAACAAGAUGCAGGCAUAAUACCAGAGGUAGUGACUAAUAGGAUGAUUAGCAGGAUGGGAUUUUCAGUCGGUGUUCCUCUGUUUAUUGGACUGUUGUUCUUUCCUUUCUUUUACUAUCUGAAAGUUGGUUUGAAGAUUGAUGUGCCUACAUGGGUGCCGUACAUUGUGUCUUUCUUUUUCUUCGGCACCGCCUUGUUGGGUGUCAGUUAUGGUAUUGUGUCCUCUAGUUGGGAUCCAAUGAGGGAAGGUUCACUCUUGGGUUGGAACGAGGCUCAGAAGAACUGGCCUGUCUUUUGGCAGUCCUUUUGGGGAAGAUCUGGCAAGAAGUAAAGACAAAUGCUAUUUGGAACUUUGUAAAUUCUAAUGUCCACACUUCUUACGCAAAAAAACCAUGCUUUUGGCUGAGUGGUUUCUUCGACUCUGCUGGACAGAUUUUCUAUGCACGAAAGUUAUCUUAUUUUUAUAAUUAAGCCAUUUCAUAUUUGCUUUA